AAUGACGUUUCGACGUUGAGCGCCGCUUCCAAACUUCCCAAACAUGCAACCGGAGCCAUAAGGCCUGAUUCGGUGAUGUAGACAUCUCCCAGGGAUGAUCGUGGGCCAUGUCUGUGGUCACAGUUCAGCUCGGUCAGUGCGGUAACCAGGUGGGACGGGAGCUGUUUGACGUCAUGUGCAGCGACGCUCAGGACGCCGGGAGGAAGACGCACAGCACGGCCGGCUGGGAGCGCUUCUUCCGCCAGACCACGCAGGGAGACUUAGAAGCCAGGGCCGUGCUGAUUGAUAUGGAGCCCAAAGUGAUCAACCACAGCAUGAGCAGGGCUGCAAAGUCUGGCAGGUGGAGGUAUGGAGAGACUUCCCACUUCAGCCAGAAACAGGGCUCUGGAAACAACUGGGCCAAUGGGUAUUGCGUCCAUGGCCCUGGUCACAGAGACGCGGUGGAGGAGCUGGUGAGGAGGGAGGUGGAGCACUGUGACAUGCUGGCAGGGUUUAUUCCCAUGAUGAGUGUUGCAGGGGGGACAGGGUCAGGAGUCGGUACCUUUGUCACUCAGUGCCUCAGAGACAUCUACCCAUCAGCUUUUGUCCUCAACCACCUCACCUGGCCAUAUGGGACUGGGGAGGUGAUCGUUCAGAACUAUAACUCGGUGCUGACGCUGGCACACCUCUACCAGCUGUCAGAUGCUAUCCUGGUGCACGAGAACGACAUCGUGCACAGGAUCUGCAGUCAGCUGCUGAAGAUCAAGCAGAUCUCUUUCAGUGACAUCAACAGGGUCAUUGCUCACCAGCUGGGUGGGGUCCUGCAGCCCGCGCUCACCCCCGACUCCUGUGGAGCCUACAGCAGGAAUCCUCUUGGUGAACUGGUCGGCGCUCUCGCUUGCCACCCGGAGUAUAAGCUGCUCAGUGUGAGCACCAUCCCUCAGAUGGCCAGCUCCUCCAUAGCCUUCAGUACGUUCAGCUGGCCGGCGCUGCUCAAACACCUGCGACAGAUGCUCAUCUCCAACACCAAGAUGGAAGAAGGUAUAGACUGGCAGGUGCGUCCACCUCCAGCCUCAGCGGGGCGGACCAAGACUCUCACAGCUGGCAGCUUCAACACCUCACUGGCCAACCUGCUCAUCCUGAGGGGGAAGGACGUCUACAGUGCAGAGACCGGUGGCUUUGGAGACUCAGCCAUUUACACAUCAUGGCUCCCACCAGAUGAAGCGUUUAGCCUGUGGAAAUCCCCCGUUCCUUUCAAUAAGUAUGAGAAGUCUGCCACGCUGGUUAGUAACAGCCAGGCUCUGCUCAGACCUUUGGAUGACAUGGUGAGGAAAGCCUGGAACAUGUUUGCUUCCAGGGCUUACAUCCAUCAGUAUGUUAAAUUUGGGAUAUCGGAGGAGGAUUUCCUCGACAGCUUCACAUCUCUUGAGCAGGUCAUCUCCAGCUACACCCAACUUCCGUGCUAGCAGUGAGAGAGGCUCUCAAGCACCUCCAUGAUCUAUAUCAUUUAUUUUGGUUGAUGCUUAUGCUUUUUAAAAACUAAUAUGACAUUCUUCAGGAUGCAAGUUCUUUUCACCCAUAGUGGGAAUAUGUGUAUUUUGUCCUGCUGGGAACACUGUUGGGAGUCAUUUCUUCAUACAAUCAUAGCUAGUUUUCAAAUGGACUGAAAUGUUUUUGGUUUUUUUCACACACUUUACUGCUUUUGUGCUGUUGACUCUUGUCAGAUGUUUCUAUUGUAUUCUUACAUCUAGAAACGUCCCACAAAUUAAAUUUUUUGUAUGGAAAAGCACAUUCAUUUAAUGCAAUUUUUCAAUAUUUAAAAUGGUGACCUUUUAUUUUUAAAGACUUAUACUGAUACUGGAUAUCAGCUUCUGGUCCAAAUGGUGACCCAUUCUAGGUUCAUCAGUUAGGAUUGUUGCUUAGUUAGGAUCUAGUAUCCUGGACAUGGAGGUAAGCCUCACCACAAAAAAUAACUUCCCCCCAUUUAUCUGCAGGUCAGCCCUCCUUCCUACAGAAUGUCUCAGUCCAGCUAAAUAAAACUUGUUUACAGCUGCAAAUGUAACAUGACCUUGUGAAAAAGAUUUU